AACCAAACAAAAAAUUGAAGAACUAUAAACACACACUGCAAAGCGAAUGGCACUGGAAUUCCAGCACCCAAAAAACAAGAACAAUCAUGUCAUGUCAUGUGGGGGAAUAAAAAUGGUGUGAAAGCUAAAAAAGGUGUGCUUUGCUGUACUAGCCUGAAAAGGGUUAAUAGACAGACAGAAGAGAUUUUGAAUAAUUGUUUGUGUAUGUAUUGUGGAAAGGAAAGUUUAUCACUCCCGACGCAGCCGCUAUUCACUUCGCCCACCACCAACCGCCGCCAACUUCGCUACAUUCAUCACCCCUACUCUGUUUUCUACUACAUUUGCAAACAAACUCUCCCGAACAAACCCUCAUGGGGGACCCGCAUCCAUUGCUCUGCGCCUGACAUUUUUAAGCAACAUUUAACCUAGAAACUAAACCAGAUCUGCAUUUUCCGGGUCAUUUACUUUAGUUUUCUUCCAUGGAUAAUUCGUUGGCCAGUGGGCUUCGUUUUCGAAGGAUUCCACGCCAGUCCUUUGCUAAUUGCUUUCAGAUGGACCCGCUGCUUGACGAAAACUUGGAGCAGUGGCCACAUUUAAAUGAGCUAGUUCAGAGCUAUGGGGCUGACUGGGUUAGAGAUGAACACAAGUAUGGCCACUAUGAAAGCACUGGCCCCGUCACAUUUCACAAUCAGAUAUUCGAGGGGCCGGAUACUGAUAUGGAAACGGAAAUGGAGUUGGCUAAUGCGAGAAGAACUAAGCUACGAGAUUCAACUGAAGAAGAAAUGGCAAGUACAUCUGGGAGUCAUUUUUCAGGACCAAAUUAUUAUGAUUCAUCAACUGCAGAGAUUUUGAAGCUCCGUCAUCUUGGACAAUCUCCCCUGCCGGCAUAUGAACCUGUUUUUGACUGGGACAAUGAGAGAUCAACAAUAUUUGGCCAACGAAUCCCCGCUACUAACAUAUUUCAGUAUACCAGUGGGCUGAGGAUUGCCGUGAAAGUGCUAUCUUUGUCAUUUCAAGCUGGGUUUGUCGAGCCAUUUUAUGGCACAAUUUGUCUAUAUAAUAGGGAGAGAAGGGAAAAACUUUCAGAGGAUUUCAAUUUUCACAUGUUACCAGCUGAUGUGCAAGAGACAAGCAAUUCUGUUGAGGCUCGUGGAAUUUUCCGUGUAGAUGUACCAUCAGCAUCAGUUUGUUUGCUUAUCCAGUUGGAAAAGCCUGCCACUGAGGAAGGUGGAGUGACUUCAUCUGUUUAUUCACGUAAAGAACCAGUUCAUCUUACUGAGAGGGAGAAACAAAAACUACAAGUUUGGUCCCGAAUCAUGCCUUACAGGGAGCCCUUUGCCUGGGCAAUCAUCCCACUUUUCGAUAGUGGUGUUACUUCUUCGUCUGGUGGGUCUAGUUCUCCCAGCAGUCCACUCAUUACUAGUAUUUCAGGUUCGAUUCAAGAGGGUGCUGCUGAACCAGUUGCAAAGAUCACAUUGGAUGGGAAGCUCGGAUAUUCUGGUGGAAACUCCGUUGUAGUUGAAGUGUCAAAUCUGAGCAAAGUCAAAGAAGGCUAUACUGAGGAGUCACUCCUGGAUCCUAAGCGAAAGGUUCAUAAACCAGUUAAAGGUAUCUUAAGACUGGAGAUUGAAAAGCUCCAAUCUGGCCAAGUUGAUUCUGAAAAAUCUUUUGAAACCAGAAGUAUAAACAGUGAUUUGGCUGGUCAUCACAAUGCGUCUGAUACCACCUUCACAAAAUCUCCCAGUUACAGAACUGAUGGAAGGCAGAAUGCUGAUUUGGAUUCACAUUCCUCUGAAAAGAUAGAGCUGGAGCGGAACGGAUCAAUAACUCACGGUUUGACAGAUCGCGUCAGUAAUGAUUUCCAGGCUUUUGACUUUCGGAUAACUUCGAGGAAUGAGCCUUUCUUGCAGCUUUUUCAUUGUCUUUAUGUGUAUCCUUUGAGUGUAAGCAUGAGUAGAAAAAGAAAUUUGUUUAUACGAGUUGAGCUGAGAAAGGAUGAUGGAGAUAUCCGCAGACCACCACUGGAGGCAAUGCAUCCGAGGGAACCAGACUCCACAUUUCAGAAAUGGACACAUACUCAAGUUGCUGUUGGAUCUAGAGUUGCCUGCUACCAUGAUGAAAUUAAGGUUUCGCUGCCUGCCAUUUGGACCCCGAUGCAUCACCUUUUGUUCACUUUCUUUCAUGUUGACCUUCAAACGAAAAUUGAAGCUCCAAAGCCCGUGGUUGUAGGAUAUGCAUCACUUCCUUUAUCCACUCAUGCGCAGUUGAAAUCAGAUAUUUCACUGCCCCUGAUGAGAGAGUUGGUUCCACAUUAUCUACAAGAUAGCAGGGAGAGGGUAGAGUACUUGGAGGAUGGAAAAAAUGUAUUUAGGCUCCGGCUACGUUUAUGUUCAUCAGUGUACGCAAUAAGUGAGCGUAUCAGAGACUUUUUCCUUGAGUACGACAGGCACAUUCUCCGAACAAGUCCACCUUGGGGAUCUGAGCUUCUUGAGGCAAUCAACAGUCUGAAGAAUGUUGAUUCAACAGCUUUGCUCCAGUUUCUUCAGCCAAUCUUAAACAUGCUUCUCCACCUCAUUGGCAAUGGUGGAGAGACUCUACAGGUUGCAGCCUUCAGAGCAAUGGUUAAUAUCUUAACACGGGUGCAGCAAGAGUCCGUAGAUGAUGGUGAAAGAAAUCUUUUCCUUGUAAACUACGUUGACUUUGCUUUCGAUGAUUUUGGGGGUCGUCAACCACCUGUCUACCCUGGUUUAUCCACAGUGUGGGGAAGUUUGGCCCGCAGCAAGGCCAAAGGUUACCGUGUUGGUCCAGUUUAUGAUGAUGUACUGGCUAUGGCUUGGUUUUUUCUUGAACUUAUUGUCAAAUCAAUAGCAUUAGAGCAGACUCGGUUGUUCUAUCACAAUCUUCCAUCAGGGGAAGAUGUUCCUCCAAUGCAGUUGAAAGAAGGUGUCUUUAGAUGUAUAAUGCAAUUGUACGAUUGCCUUCUAACGGAAGUUCACGAGCGCUGUAAAAAAGGUCUAGGCUUGGCCAAGUAUCUAAAUAGUAGCUUGGCUUUCUUUUGUUACGAUCUUUUGUCUACUAUAGAGCCUCGCCAAGUUUUUGAACUGGUGUCUCUGUACCUUGAUAAGUUCUCUGGUGUAUGUCAAUCGGUGCUGCAUGAUUGCAAGCUUACAUUCUUGCAGAUUUUAUGUGAUCAUGAUCUUUUUGUAGAAAUGCCUGGAAGAGACCCUUCGGAUAGAAAUUACCUUUCAUCUAUUCUUAUACAAGAGAUUUUCCUCACUUGGGACCACGAGGAUUUAUCCAUGCGGGCAAAGGCAGCUAGAAUGUUGGUGGUUCUAUUGUGCAAGCAUGAGUUUGACAUCCGCUACCAAAAGCUGGAAGAUAAACUUUAUAUAGCUCAAUUAUAUUUUCCCCUUGUGGGCCAGAUGCUAGAUGAAAUGCCUGUCUUCUACAAUCUGGGUUCAAGUGAAAAGCGUGAGGUCCUGAUUACUAUUUUGCAAAUUAUACGCAAUCUGGAUGAUACCUCUCUUAUCAAAGCUUGGCAGCAAAGCAUUGCUCGUACCAGAUUAUUUUUCAAACUAUUGGAGGAAUGCCUAAUUCAUUUUGAGCACAGAAAACCUGACGAUAGCAUGCUUAUGGGCAGUAGUUCUCGCAGUCCUUUAGGAGAUAAGCCCUUUCCAUCAAAGUAUUCCGAUAGGCUUUCUCCUGCGAUUAAUCACUAUCUUUUGGAGGCUGCACGCCAAGAAGUUGGACCUCAGGGUACACCAGAGAAUGGGUAUUUGUGGCAAAGAGUCAACUCUCAACUAAGCUCUCCUAGUCAACCGUAUUCCUUGAGGGAAGCUCUUGCUCAGGCCCAAUCUUCAAGAAUUGGAGCUUCAACCUUAGCAUUAAGAGAAUCGUUGCACCCAAUCUUGAGGCAAAAGUUGGAACUUUGGGAAGAAAACCUUAGUGCUGCUGUCAGUCUUCAAGUUUUGGAAAUAAUUGAGAAAUUUUCAGGGGCUGUUGCAUCCCACACCAUUGCUACAGAUUAUGGAAAACUUGAUUGCAUUACCUCCAUAUUUAUGAUAGUCUUUUCGCACAACCAACCUCUGGCCUUUUGGAAAGCUCUCUUUCCUGUGUUCAAUAGUGUGUUUGAGCUUCAUGGAGCGACACUAAUGGCGAGGGAAAAUGACCGUUUUCUUAAGCAAAUUGCUUUCCAUCUUCUUAGACUUGCAGUUUUCCGAAAUGUCAAUGUUAGGAAGAGAGCCGUUAUUGGGCUUCAGAUACUUGUUCGGAGUUCUUUCUCGUACUUUAUGCAGACAUCAAGACUGCGGGUUGUCCUAACUAUUACACUGUCAGAGUUGAUGUCUGAAGUGCAAGUUACACAUAUGAAAUCUGAUGGAACUCUAGAAGAAAGUGGUGAAGCAUGUCGUCUUCGAAAAUCUUUGGAGGAAAUGGCAGAUGAAUCUGAGAGCCUUAAUAUAUUUGAAGAGUUUGGUCUUCCAGAAAAACCUCUUGUUGCCAGUAAUGAACAAUCACCAGAGCACUGUUGUACCUGGUCAGAAGUUAAAGUCCUCUCUGAUAGUCUUCUUUUGGCUCUUGAUGCCAGCCUGGAACACGCACUUCUGGCCUCUGUCAUGACGCUGGACAGAUACUCUGCGGCGGAGAGCUUUUACAAACUUGCGAUGGCAUUUGCUCCAGUUCCGGAUCUUCACAUAAUGUGGUUAUUGCAUCUAUGUGAUGCACAUCAGGAGAUGCAGUCUUGGGCUGAAGCAGCACAGUGUGCUGUUGCUGUUGCUGGCGUAGUGAUGCAGGCUCUUGUUUUUAGGAAUGACGGAGUAUGGAGCUCUGAUCACGUGUGUGCGCUGCGCAAAAUCUGCCCCAUGGUCAGUGGCGAGAUCAGUUCUGAGGCUUCAGCAGCUGAGGUUGAAGGAUAUGGUGCUUCAAAACUUACGGUUGACUCGGCAGUCAAGUACUUGCAACUUGCAAAUAAGCUUUUCUCUCAAGCUGAGCUCCACCAUUUCUGUGCCAGUAUCCUAGAACUUGUUAUUCCUGUGUAUAAGAGCAGAAGGGCGUACGGGCAGCUGGCCAAGUGCCACACGAUGCUGACUAAUAUAUACGAGUCAAUUCUUGAGCAGGAAUCCAGUCCCAUACCUUUUGCAGAUGCAACAUACUAUAGGGUGGGAUUCUAUGGUGAAAAAUUUGGGAAGCUGAACAGGAAGGAGUAUGUAUAUAGAGAGGCUCGGGAUGUAAGGUUGGGUGAUAUAAUGGAGAAGCUAAGUCAUAUAUAUGAGUCGAGAUUGGAUGGUACAACUUUGCACGUAAUACCAGACUCGAGACAGGUGAAAGCCGAUGAACUGCAGGCAGAAGCGUGCUACCUGCAGAUAACUGCAGUUGAUCCAGUUAUGGAAGACGAGGACUUGGGAAGCAGAAGAGAGAGAAUAUUCUCACUUUCUACUGGGAGUGUUCGCGCUCGGGUUUUUGACCGAUUUUUGUUUGAUACACCUUUCACAAAAAAUGGGAAGACUCAAGGUGGAUUGGAAGACCAAUGGAAGCGCCGUUCGGUGCUGCAGACAGAGGGUUCUUUCCCUGCUUUGGUAAAUCGUCUGGAGGUAAUGAAAUCAGAAUCACUAGAGUUCUCUCCAGUUGAGAAUGCAAUUGGGAUGAUUGAAACUAGGACAGCUGCUCUUAGAAAUGAACUUGAAGAACCUCGCAGCUCCGAAGGUGAUCAACUUCCUCGUCUCCAGAGCCUGCAGAGGAUACUUCAAGGCUCUGUCGCUGUUCAGGUGAACAGUGGAGUACUGAGUGUUUGUACGGCAUUUCUUUCUGGUGAACCAGCAACAAGGCUGCGUUCGCAAGAGCUUCAACAACUGAUUGCAGCACUCCUUGAGUUCAUGGCCGUUUGCAAGCGUGCUAUACGUGUCCACUUUCGAUUAAUUGGAGAUGAAGAUCAGGAAUUUCACACCCAGCUCGUCAACGGCUUUCAAUCACUAACUGCAGAAUUGUCCCAUUACAUCCCUGCCAUUCUUUCUGAACUUUGACAUCAAAACAUUAUUCUUCUUUUCUACGUUUCCUUUUAUAUCACUAGUGGUUUGGCUUUUAGAGUGACCGCAUAUUUUGUGCUUUAUUUAACUCAUGUAUUGUUUGUAUUUGUCUUGUGUUUAUUUGUAUUUUUCAUCUGUGUUUGUACCAUAUACUUUUAACCUAUUUUGGUUAAUCUAAAUCCAAUUACA